AUGAGUAGAUAUCCAUGUUUAUCAAAUCUAAAUGGAUCAAUUUCUUCUGAUACAUUACAUGAUAUUGAAGUAGCAGGUUAUCGUUAUGUUAUUUUAACUAUAUGUAUAUUUGGUGUUGUAUGUAAUUUACUUAAUUUAUGUGUUCUUCUUCAACGUCGUCUUAAAGAAUCACCAUAUACAUAUUUAACUGGUUUAGCUAUAGCAGAUAUGAUUACAUUAAUAUCAAUAUCACCAUUUUCAAUUGUUCGUGGUGAUUAUAUGCGUCAUGAAAAUAUAUUUUUUACUUUAGUACGUUUUGAAUCACAAUUUUAUAUGCCAUUAGCUAAUUAUUUUGGUCAAGUGAGCAUAAUGAUAACAUUAGCAUUAACAAUUGAACGUUAUUUAUUUACAACUUAUCCAUUACGUACACGAACUUUUUGUAAACCACGUUAUGCACGUAUUAUUAUUACAAUAAUAUUAAUUAUUUGUGCUUUACUUAGUUUUCCUCGAUUUUUAAUGGAAAAUGUUAUACCAUCUAUUGGACCUGUUGAUUCAUUUAAUCCAUCAAUAUGUUCAACACAAGCAUUUAUUAUUAAAUAUUCAUCAACAAAUUCAACUCAUAUUGGUCAAUGUUUUUGUGUUGUCGGAUGUCCAAGAAAAAAAUUUUUACCAUAUAGAAAUGCAUAUUAUAUAACAAUGUUUAUUAUAAAUCAAAUUUUACCAGUUUUUAUUUUACUUUUUCUAAAUUUAAAAUUAAUCAGACGUGUUCAAAAUUCAAAUCGUUAUACAUUAGAUGAACUCGUAGCUCGACAACAUACUCAAAUGCCAUCAUCAUCAACACUUAUGAUGCAUCCAAUAAAACAAAAACGUUUACGUGAUGAACAUCGUUUAACUAAAACACUUGUUGCCAUUGUUCUUGUUUUUCUUGUAUGUAAUACAUUUACAAUAGUAUCUUAUCCUAAUUUUAUAAAACAGAUAACAAUUAAAAAAUAUCCAAAUUAUAUAAAUUCUGGUUUUCGUAUACAAAAAUUAAUAACAAAUAUAAUGUUAUUAUUAAAUUAUUCAAUAAAUUUUUUUUUCUAUUGUGCAUUUAAUCAAAAAUUUUUGGAUACACUUAAAACAACAUUUCGUCAUACAAUAUGUUCAUAUUUACAAGAUAAAUUUUAUCAUCAAAAUAAUAAUAUAGCAACACAACGAACAUUAUUGAAUAGUACAACAUCAUCAGCAAAUUCAUCAUGUUAUUUACAAUCAAAACAACAUAGUUCAUAUAAAAAUAUUUCAAUUUAUGAUGAAGAAUUUCUACGUUUAAAACAAUAUCCAAAACAACUUUCUUUACGAAAAUAA